GGGGGGUGGGAGACUCUGCCUCCUCCCCUCCUCCGUCUCUCGCUCUCUCACAUGCUAUCUCUUUCUUUCCUUUACCAAGUAGUGGUUUCCAUCUCACCAAACCCCUUUCCCCCUGAAUGUUUAAAAAGAUGAAAGGAUAAGGAAAAGAAUGGAGACAAAAGGGUGCGGGGUUGUGUUACAACCCUGCCCCUGAGAGACUGCUCAUGAAAGAGUUUGGGGAUGGGAGAGAUAGGGACUGGAGAGGAGACACAGAAAGAGAAGGGGGGAAUCAUGAAAAGAGGUUUUUCAAGCCGCUAAAACGGGUCACUUCUGUAUAGAGAGGCAGACUAAAGUGCAGUCUUCACUCAGGGACGGAGACAUUUAACACUGUCAAUACCCUCGGAUGGAAGGGAGCGUUGAUAUACUUGCACUCAUUGACUGAUUGCGCAAACACACACACAGGAUCGCAGACACACACACACACACACACACACUCAGCCUUUCUCAACUCUUUCUGUUUGUCUUAUGCACAUCCACUGUAGAAUAGCGGCGAAUCUUCUUGCCAGAUCCUCUUUACCAUCAGUUGCCCAACAAACAGUCUGUGGUGUUUCCCCUCGCGGCAUUCCUCCCUCUCGGCAUUUACUGUCAGUCACUCGAAAUCCUCGCAACCCUCCCACCAUUCUCUCUGCCUCCGUCUUUGUCUGAACUUGCCCUGCGUGCACUUAGAUAUUUCCGCCUCAGGGUGCAUCAGUGAGAGUUGGAGUGAGAAUGUGAAAGACAGCAGGAGAAAGUUGUUGACAAAGUGUGGACAGGAGUCAGGGUCAAACAAAGAUGUCGAUUGAGGGGGCAGCGAUGCGUUUUCUUGGACUGUUGCCCUCUUGACAAACGAAAGCAGCCGGUUCACUGUCGAGGACACGCAUAAGUUCAUUUAAGACGUUCAUUCACAGAACAAGUUCUGCUUCAUGCUGUCACAUUAACCCGUCAUAAUAAACACUGUUACCAAACGUUUUUAACUGUAAUUUCUUGAGCAGGAUUUUUACAGAUUGUCCCUGUUUUGUUAAAUUACAGAAAACAAAAUCACAGAAAGAAUGUAUUAUUUUACAAAUUGACCCUAAAAAACAGGCCAAAGCUGUAUAAAAUGUACCAGCUGUUUAACUUUUACAACAUUUGCCCAUUUUUUUCUACAAUAAAUCAGCAAAAAAUAAGUUAUUUGACAGAUUUUUCCACUUAUUUAAAUCCAAAUUAUGUAUAUGACCUAUUUUUUUUUACAAUGUUAGACUAUAAAAUUGCAGCAUUUGUUUUAUAAAUUAAAUCAGCAAAAAAUAUUGUUAUUUUACAGGUCUUUUUAGGAUUGAAAAUAGCAAAUAAUAUUUUUGUUAUUCUGCAGAUGUUACCAACGUAUUAAAUACAGAUCAUGUCCAGUAAAAUUAGAAAAAAGGUAUUAUUUUCCAUGUUAACCUUAAAAAUGAGGCUGUAACUUUAAAAAUCAAAGCAUCUACAUCAUAGACAUUCUUUUACAGCACAUGACCAUUGAAUUACAUUUUACUGUAUUUAAAUCAGCUAGAAAUAUCAUUAUCUUACAGAUAUUUGUCUUUAUUUUCUUCCUUUUUACAGUGUUUGAAUACUGCUAAAUGCUGUGUUACUACUCACCAUGUUUUAGACCUAUUUUUUUGUGACACACUCGCUGCCAGACUUUCACAGUUUUAUUUUUAGGGACUUUUUUUCCACAGUGAAGCAUUUCCAAAAUCCUUAAAUCAUCAGAAGCCUUUCAAGUUAAGUCACUGUAUAUGGCAGAAAAAGAACACAGCUUUUCCUUUGGGGAUUUGUGUUGUCAACAAACAACAUUUUCACGACCCUAACAGAUUAUCAAAGUGCUAUUUAAGUACUAAAUGGAUCAUUUUUAUUGUGCACUGCUGUCUCGCACAUGAAAAACUUGCCUUUACUGUGAUUUCACGCCAUGAGUGAUUCACUUUUUGGACAUCUUCAAAUAAUUUCUCAGUUUCUGUUAAAAGCACACACACACGAGAAUUUUUGCAUUUCCAGAUGUCACUUUCACUACCUUCGGCCUCCCUGAUGAAAUCUUUCCCACACGCAGCGCCAUCAGCCUUCAACUUAUUGCAUUUGCACUGGACAUCCUCCUUCAUUUUGGAUUGCAAUUGGAAGGUAGCUAUUAUAGCAAUUAUUGCAAAUAGCCGAGCAGAGCUGUCAGGGAGAGGCUCACUCUCCAUCUGUCCACAGCAGAGCCACCGAGUCAGACCUCAAUUACAGAUCCUCGACCUCCUCAACGUCCCUGGUGUCAGUCCAUCAUCUCCUCCUCUGUCCUCACUCACUUUGAGUCUCCCUGUCUCUAAAUUUUUACCCUUCGCCUGAUUUCUUGUCAUUUUCGGUCCUUUUUAUUGUCCCUUCCAUCAUUCGCCUCACCCACUAAGCUCCACUUCCUCCUCCUCCUCCUCCUCCUCCUCCUCAACCCUAAAGAAACCUCUCUCUAGUGGGAGCUGGACUGCCAUUGCCAAAAUUACCACACACACAUACACACCGAGGUAAAGCAGCAUAUGUUUCCAAUUUCAGGCGUAAUGCUCCUUUCUCCGCAAUCUGACCCAAUUAGCCAGAGCCUCCUGGAAAUGCCCCAGUCGCCAGCCAUGGUGGCAAAGAGAUGACGCAAGGACUGUGACUUUGCCUCCCGUCCCCUCUCCAUCUCCACAUCCCUCCUCCGUCCGGGUCUCCUCCCGAUGCCUCGCUCUUGUUGGACGGGAGACAGCGACACACAGCAGGCAGGAUGACAAACCAGUCGACAGCCAACCAGUCCAACACAAAGACGGAGAAUGAGAAAGAAGAAAUCCCGCGAGAUGACAACACGGAGAUGGCGUAUAAAGAUGCCGGCCACUGCAGCCGCAACACUCACAACCUGCUGCUGGGACUCACUGUUAUGGGUGUUGUUAUGGGAGCAGUGUUCGGGAUGCUACUUCGGUACAUGAAGGUGACAGACAGCUCCGCCCUCACUAUGGUUUCCUUUCCUGGAGACAUCCUCAUGAGGAUGCUGAAGAUGCUCAUCCUGCCUCUAAUCAUCUCCAGCCUUAUCACAGGGCUCGCUGGCCUAGACGCCCGCUCCAGUGGCAGGAUGGGCAGCAGAGCCAUGGUCUACUAUAUGUCCACCACGGUCAUCGCUGCCAUCCUGGGGGUCAUCCUGGUGUUGGGGAUCCACCCAGGGAACCCCAAACUGAGGGGAGGGCAGUCGACCUCAGCACCAAAGAACCAGGAAGUCAGUAGUCUGGACGCCUUCCUCGACCUGAUUAGAAACCUCUUCCCUGAGAACCUGGUGCAGGCCUGCUUCCAACAGGUUCAGACGGUGCUGAAGAAGGUGCCAGUUCCAGCGCCGAACCAAACCGAGCCUCUAUUAGUGAACAGAAAAAAGCUGGAAUACAAAUGGGGCAUGAAUGUCCUUGGCUUGAUUGGCUUCUUCAUCACCUUUGGGAUCUGCAUGGGCAGGAUGGGCGAGCGGGGCAAGGUCAUGUGCGAGUUCUUCAACAUCCUCAAUGAAAUUAUCAUGACGAUGGUCUCCAUGAUCAUGUGGUACUCUCCUGUUGGCAUUGCCUCUCUGAUUGCUGGGAAGAUCGCAGCUAUUGGAGACCUGGAGGUGGUGGCCCGGCAGCUGGGCAUGUACAUGGUGACCGUUAUCGUGGGUCUGGUGAUCCACGGUGGCUUGAUCUUACCUGCUAUAUUUUUUGGUAUCACCCGAAAAAGCCCCCUUGCUUUCUACUCUGGGAUCUUCCAGGCCUGGAUCACAGCGUUAGGCACUGCCAGCAGUGCUGGGACACUGCCAGUCACCUUCCGCUGUCUGGAGGAAAAUCUGAAGAUUGAUAAGCGUGUGACUCGCUUCGUGCUGCCAAUUGGUGCCACCAUUAACAUGGACGGCACUGCGCUGUACGAGGCCGUGGCAGCCAUCUUUAUCGCCCAGAUGAACGACAUCAGCCUGGAUGGUGGACAGAUCAUCACUGUCAGUAUGACCGCCACCCUGGCCAGUGUUGGAGCUGCCAGUAUUCCCAGUGCUGGACUGGUGACCAUGCUGCUGAUCCUCACUGCUGUCGGCCUGCCCACCCAGGACAUCAGCCUGCUGAUCGCCGUCGACUGGCUGCUUGACAGAAUGCGUACCUCCAUCAAUGUCGUGGGAGACUCAUUCGGUGCCGGGAUAGUGGAUCACUUGUCGCGGGCGGAGCUCGAAGAACUUGACGCCGCAGAAAGGCAAAUGCUCCCGCCCGAGGAGGAGCUCGAUUAUCCCCCGCCGCCGAUCCUCACGGAGAUGGACCUGGUCGACCCCCUCAAACCGCCCGACCUGCCACCUCGCUCCCCUCGUCCACCCAAACAAAACCACCACGGUCACGUUUUCUCACAGUCUCACUCCAUCACUUACUCACCGUCUCGCUCUGCCCGAUCUCCAUCGCCCCGCUCCAUCCGUUCUCCCUCUCCACGCUCCGUCUGCUCCCACUCCCCUCGGCCUUUCCGUACUCAUUCACCACGUCUCCUCCGCAGGACGGAGCCGGGAUAUUGCGCCCUGCCCAGCUGUGAUAACCAGAUUCCCACAAUGCCUCACACCUACAGAGAGAGAGGCAGAGAGCGGGAGAGAGAUCGAGAACGAGAGCGACUGAGGCGAGAGAGUGAGACCGAGGAAGAAGAGGAGAGAGACAGGGUUCUGUGUGAAAUGAGCGAUGGUGAGGAGAGUGAUGACACUGCGUAUGAUCGGAGGCACGCCAUCCCGCCGAGCGACCUGCCGUGAUCGGAUUUUACCAGUAGAAAGCUUCACGGUCGAUUUGUUUGUUUCAUGACAGAUUUUCCUUCUUUCAGCUUCACUGUUUUUCUCAGUGGAGGUCCACAGUGGAUCUGCGAAUAUUUUACUGAUCAGUCAACUUGACAUGUGUAGAUUUUAAAGCAUUGCGAUGAAAACAUCCUGUAGCUUUACUGAGAAGGGCCCUUAAAACCAGGCCUGAGACUUUUGCUCUGUGGUUUGAUGCAGAAAAUCGCUGAAAGAGUUAUUUUUCUCCUCGUUUCUAUUGCUAUCUUGAUUUAUCAUUUCCAGACUUAAAGUCAAACCUAAAAAUGCUCCCGAAUGCCUGCAGCCCUGCGACGUUGAGAAUUGUGAGUCUCUUAUUGAUCGGAAAAGUAUGUUGGUGUUCUUACCAACCUUUUAUUGCACAGUCACAACAUAUUAAUUCCUCCUUUACUUUUGCUCAAGUCAUUCUCGUCAUGUUUUACUUUCUUUUCGGGAACACUUUAACGUUUAAAGGAAUUGUUUUAUAUUUUUUGGAGUAUUUGCUUUCUUGCAAAGAUGACACUGUUAGUUGCACUCAUGUCUUUACAACUAAUAUCCAGCAAUUAGUUAGCUUAGCACUUUCAUUUUUAGUUGUUAUUGAUUGUUGUUUUUAGUCAUUGCUUGCCGAGGCAACAAAGCUACUUUGGUACCUAAAGGCACUCAAAUUACCAGGUUUGAUUUAGAAAAAGAUGAUUGUUUAGGUUAAAAUACACCCCAGCAAGCACUAUUCAAUGACCGUUUACUUUCGCUUUUAGUUGCUGUUGACUGCCAUUUUCAGUCAAUGUUUGCUUUUGUUCAUGGAGCAAAACUACUUGGUGUGGUUUAGGAAACGAUAAAGAUGUAUGUUAAAAUACACCUCUGUAAAUGCUUUUCAUUCCCUGUUUGCUUUCAUUUUUAGUUGCUGUUUACUGCCAUUAUCAGUCACUGUUUGCUUUUGUUGAUGCAACAAAAGUACUUUAUUAAUUACAGUGACAAAAUUACUUGGUUAGGUUUAGAAAAAGGUAAUGAUUUAAGUUAAAACACACCCCUGUAAAAGCUUUCCAGUUGCGGUUUGCCAACGAUUUCUGUUUUCAAUCACUGUUUGCUUUUGUUGACGCUACAAAACUACAUCAUUAACUUCAGGUACCAAAAAUAAAGCAAAAGAUGAUAGUUUGGGUUAAAAUGCACUCGUGCAAACAGUUUUUGGUCACUAUGUAUUUUUGUAUUUCUGUAGUUUUCAGUCACUGAGGAUUUGUUGAUGCUACAAAAGUACUUUUGUUAAUAUUAUGCAUCAAAAUUGGUUACAAAGGCAAAAAAAUAAAGUCAUGGUUGUUUUCUGUAUGCUUAGUGACAAAAAGCCUCUCAAAAAUGCUUUUAUUUUACCGCUUUUUUGUGAGAAAAAUCUAUCUUACCGAUUUGAAUUUGCACAUUUUUACAGAUUUCAGAGUUAUUGAUGUCGUCUCUUAACUCCCAGCAAAGAAGCAUAUUUUACUAAAUGUUGAAUUAUUCCUUUAAAUGGCCUCCCUAAUACCAACUCGAUGUAAAUGACAGAAAUAAAGAGCCGGCAGACAUUAUUUUUAUACGGUUCUCCACCUUCUUGCAUCUCGACAUUUUCCUCCUCGGUGCUCUUCUUUGCUCGUUUCCCCUCGGCAGCGGUCAAUGUUGAUGUUAAUACUGUCGAUAUUCUCUAUGGUUUGUAUUUUCUUGUUGUGGUCCGGUGUGUGAAACGACGAAUUCUAGGCAAGAUGCUGUUUUCAGUUUGUUAUAUGUUUAAGUUUAUUUUACUCUCGUUUAUCAUUUUAACUGUAAAAUAACUUAAUUGCUCUCCUUUCUCCCACUGAAUUGCCUUUCAUUUCAAUUUGAAGUAUAUCGACUGCCUCCCUGCCAUCCUCAAGUCUUAAUUCAGAUUCACAGGUCCAGGUUGUGUGUAUAUUGUACGUAAUAAAAUCUUGGAGAUUUAUUUAAAGUAACUGCA